GUUCCAAAGAAGGCGGGGUGGGCAGCCUGGGUGUCCGAACUACAGUGUACCCAGAGCUGCGAACCCAGACAUGGGUGACUGCGGACCUUCUCCCUUCUCCCUCUCGUUUCCAUUCGUGCAUGCAGGUGGGAGUCAGCCGGGUCCCGGGGAAGCGUGGAGGGUGGCUUCUGACCUAGUCAAGAAAAGCCUGGGGUGUCAUGAACUCUGCCUGCUUCCCCAGCCCUGCCAGUUUCCGGAGAAGGCACUUGAGAAGGUGAAAGGAAUCUCUGCUGCUCCUCCAAAAGCCAGGUUCCGUUUCUGGCUUCUGUGGACUCUGCUUCUCCAGUAAAUGAACCUUGAGGAAAACUGACCAGUUCUCAGAGUUCUAAAAUCAUGGCUCAUGAUUUGGUGAUGUUCAGAGAUGUGGCUGUCGACUUUUCUCAAGAAGAGUGGGAAUGUCUGAACUCAUAUCAGAGGAAUUUGUACAGGGAUGUGAUAUUAGAGAACUAUAGCAACUUGGUAUCACUAGCAGGUUGUUCCAUUUCUAAGCCAGACGUGAUUACCCUAUUGGAACAAGGGAAAGAGCCCUGGAUGGUUGUGAAAGAUGAGAAAAGAAGAUGGAGCCUAGAUUUGGAAUCCAGGUAUGAAACUAAAAUGUUAUUUCAAGAAAAGAGUAUUUACGAAAUGAAUUUAUCUCAGUGGGAAAUAAUGGAAAGAAUUAAAAGCAAUGGCCUUGAUGACUCCUUUUACAGAAAAGAUUAUGAAUAUAAAAAGUUUGAGGGACAGGAGGUUCCUCACAAGGUAUAUUUCAGGCAAGUGACAAAAGCCACCUCUGAAAAAAUGCCCACUUACAGAAAAUUCACAUCUCUUACUCUAUGUCAGAAAAGUAAUAACAGAGAGAAACCCUAUGAAUGUGGGGAAUGUGGGAAGGCUUUUAGAGUACGCCAACAACUUACUUUCCAUCAGAGGAUUCAUACAGGUGAGAAACCCUAUGAAUGUAAAGAAUGUGGAAAAGCCUUUAGACAGUGUGCCCACCUUAGUCGGCAUCAGAGAAUUCAUACUUCUGACAAACUCUAUGAAUGUAAAAAAUGUGGAAAGAUCUUUACCUGUGGCUCAGACCUUCGAGUACAUCAGAGAAUUCAUAUUGGUGAGAAGCCCUAUGAAUGUAAGGAAUGUGGGAAGGCCUUUAGAGUGCGAGGACAACUUAAUCUCCAUCAAAGAAUUCAUACUGGUGAGAAACCCUAUGAAUGUAAGGAAUGUGGGAAGACCUUUAGACAGUAUGCACAUCUUACCCGACAUCAGAGACUUAACAUUGCUGAGAAGUGCUAUGAGUGUAAGGAUUGUGGACAGGCUUUUCUGUGCAGUACAGGUCUUCGAAUACAUCACAAACUUCACACUGGUGAGAAACCCUAUGAAUGUAAGGAAUGUGGGAAGGCCUUUAGAGUGCGGCAACAACUUACUCUCCAUGAGAGAAUUCACACUGGUGAGAAGCCCUAUGAUUGUAAGGAAUGUGGGAAGACCUUUAGUCGUGGCUAUCAUCUGACUCUUCAUCAGAGAAUUCAUACUGGCGAGAAACCUUAUGAAUGUAAAGAAUGUCAGAAGUUCUUUCGUCGUUACUCAGAACUCAUUUCACAUCAGGGCAUUCAUAUUGGAGAGAAGCCUUAUGAAUGUAAGGAAUGUGGGAAGGCCUUUAGACUGUUCUCACAACUUACUCAACAUCAGAGUAUUCAUUUUGGUGAGAAACCCUAUAAAUGCAAGGAAUGUGAGAAGACUUUUAGACUGCUCUCACAACUUACUCAACAUCAGAGUAUUCAUACUGGUGAAAAACCCUAUGACUGUAAGGAAUGUGGAAAGGCCUUUAGACUUCAUUCAUCGCUUAUUCAACAUCAGAGAAUUCAUUCUGGUGAGAAACCAUACAAAUGUAAGGAAUGUAAGAAGGCAUUUAGACAGCAUUCACACCUUACUUACCAUCAGCGAAUUCAUAAUGUAACUUAAUAAUUAUAGAACCCUUCCAUUAUGAAUUUUGUG